AUGGCCGAAUGUGGGGCGAAAAGUCAACUGCGCACCCCGAAGCCAACCCGCUGGAGCAGACCAGCAAACGGCCGGCCUAGUCUUGAUAAUCAUACUGCACGUUCUCCGCGUGCUCAUGUCAAAAGCGUCUCGGCAACUCCACAAGUCUCCAGAACGUGCGGAGAGAGGCCGAACGGCCGACCUCGUGGGCGUAUAAGUCUUCCCAUUCCGUCCGCCAAAUGCUGGUCUUCCAUCCUCAGCACUUCUCGAAAGCAACAAGCUUCUCUCAACCUUGCCAAUCAUGGGUAAAAUCCACUGGUACUAUUACUUUGCUCUAUGCGUCAUUGCCUGCGCCGGCAUUCCCAAAGGCUACGAUGAAGGCGGCUUCUCCGCAAGCACCGGCUUGCAAUCGUUCAAGAAUGAUUUCAAUCUCAACACUUCCCAUUGGAAGCACAAUCCAUCCGGACUUGCCAGCAGGAAAGCAAACAUCAGUUCCUUCGGCGUGCUAGGUGCUGCCUUCGGCUCCAUAAUCGCGCUGCUACUCAAUGAUCGCAUUGGCCGCCUGCGCACCUUCCAAAGCGCCAUUUGCAUCUGGGCAACUGGUAUCCUCAUGCAGAUUUUCGCCAGUGGCAUCUAUGGCUUCAUGCUCUUCGCCAGGAUCUGGGGUGGGCUCGGAGCUGGAGCUCUGACCGUGACGGCUCCGCUCUUCCUUUCGGAGAUUGCGCCCGCAAAGAACAGAGGUCUGGUGGUCAGCCUCUACAUGGUCGUACUGUUGAGCUUCCUUACGCUUGGUUUCUUCGUCAAUUACGCCGCGAACGCGCACAUGAAGGUCACGAGGCUCCAGUAUCGCAUUGUCCAGGCGGUCCCGCUGAUUCCGACGGGUCUUGCACUCAUCUGCUCUUUCUGGAUGACCGACACGCCACGUUGGCUGGCGUCGAAGGAUCGCCACGAUGAGGCGGUCGCUGCACUGGCGCGCCUUCGCGGCAGUAGCACUGCAGACCCGGCCGUGGCCGAAGAGCUCCAAGUGAUCGAGGCGCAAAGGAGAGCGCGCGUUGCCGACCUUUCCGCCACAAGCCUGCGAGAGGUUAUCCGCGAGAUUCUUACAAUUCCAAACUACCGUAGCCGUUUCUUCUUGGUCAUGACCAUGCAGACCGUUGCGCAAUGGUCUGGUGGCAAUGGAAUCACAUACUAUAUCCCGCAGAUCUUCAACUACGCCGGCAUAACUGGUAGCAACGCUUCGUUGAUCUCGUCCGGCUGCUACGGUAUUGUCAAGCUCGUGUUCACGAUGGUGUUCGCUUGGGGUCUCAUCGAUGUCAUCGGCCGUCGACGCUGCUUCCUUACCGGACUAGCCCUCCAGCUUGCAGCACACAUCUACAUGGCGGCAUACAUGGGCGUUGACGGCUCGGCUCACAACAAGUCCGCAUCGGAUGCCGCCAUCGCUUCGAUCUUUAUCUAUGCUGUUGGAUGGUCCAUCGGGCUUUGCACCGUUCAGUAUCUGUACGGAACCGAGGUCUUCCCCACCAGGAUUCGGAGUGUGAGCUACGCGUCAAGCAUGUGUCUGCACUGGUUCUUCCAGUUUGCAGUCGUGAGGGUGACCCCAAACAUGUUCGUCAGCCUGAACGUGUGGGGAGCUUACAUCUUUUGGGCCGUAAUCUGUGCCCUUGGCCUGGUCAUCUUAGGCUUGUGGGCGCCUGAAACGAAGGGUGUCCCAAUGGAACGGAUGGGCGAGUUGUUCGAGGGCCCCUGGUGGAUGUGCUGGAGGAACAAGGUGUCUGCCGAGCCUUUCGAUCCGGUUGGAGAAACCGAAAAGAUCGCUGACAAGGAGCCAUAUGUACAUGUGGAACGGGUGUGAUUGGAUCCAAUUAGUUGAAAACGUACAUAUCUUCGA